CUUUUUGUGUCAACCAUGAGUGACAUUUAAAAUCAAUCUUUUUAUUCUCGGAUUUCUUCCACUGGUUUUGUGGAAGAAAUUUAUCUAUUUAUUUUGAAUAUUACUAUCUAAAUUUCUCGUGUGUAUAAAAUAAGACAAAAUGGUACUCACCGCGGACGUUCACCUGCCCGAAGAUUCGGAAUUGACGGUGUCUGAAGUUCAUUUAUCGUCUUCUACUUUGAUCGCUGGCUCCUUUCAUUUAGGAAAAUAUUGUGAACAAGCCAAUAAUGAAUACAUGCUAUGCCGCUUAGAGGAGAAUGAUCCGAGGAAAUGCAUCAAGGAGGGCAAGGCUGUCACGGCCUGCACGAUGGAGUUCUUCCGGAAGGUGAAGAACUCUUGCCUGAAUGAGUUCAACCAGUACUCCAACUGUAUUGACAAGAGCUCUGGCGACUUCAGUUUGAGGCAAUGCCGCAACACUCAGGCUGUGUUCGACAAGUGCGCGCUCGACAAGCUGAACAUCGAACGUCCGGCCUUCGGGUACUUCACCGAGGCGCGUGUACAUGAUACCAAGAGGCCAAAGCCUUUGGAAGAACCGAAGGCGGUGUACCCGGACAGUACUCCGGAACUACCGGAGAAUGCCGAGAAGAAACCAGCAAGAUUCGGCUCUCGAUUCUACUGGAUGACCGAAUAAACGGCCAUAGCCGACCAAACAAUAAAAAAAGACAAUGGUAUUUGCGCGAAAAAUGGAAUGACGUUACUUUUGGCGGGAAUUCUGUUUCGAUUUUGACAGAUUUUGUUGUAAAUAAUAAUGGGAAAUAUUUAUUUUGCAUAAAACUAAAUAUAUCUAAAAUUAUUAUUUAAUACCCUGUUCCCUGUUAUUAUUGACGGGAUCCGUUUUUAUUGUAAAAAUUUAAUCUAAUCGAUGAAAAUUUGAAUUUUCCUUUGCCAUUGCUAUGUUUCGUUUCACCUUUUUCACGCAAUACCAUCGUCCAAAAAAGUAAGGCAUUUGAUAAGUUUUCUCCUAACAGCAAUAAGUUUAUUUAAAUUAUAAGAAAACAGUGUUAACAGAACAAUAAAUCAUGUGCAACUCGUCUAAUGUUUUACUUUGUUUAUGAAAUAGCUAUUAUUGAUUUGUAGAGUAAUAAAUGUUGGAAUU